UAUGACAUGACUGACUCACAUGACUACGACUACGACUACGAUAGUACGAUGGUCAGUCGGACGGUUAGUAUAGAAGCAGAUAGAAGUAUACGUAUACGUAUAUAGGGAUAGGGGAGUAGAACCGUAGAUUGCCGUAGAACGGUGGCUGGGCAGAAUAGAGGAAGCAGAAAGGGAAGAGGGUACGGAGUGACUGACGGGUAUCUCUGUUGUUCUCCGCGAAUGCGAACGCGAACGGUUUAAGUUGAAUACCUAAUCCUUCCAAAUGAUCGUGCUGCUGUUUGAUGGAACGGAACAGUGAACGGAGAAUCUUCAAGAUUGCAAUCCGUCGGGCGAUACUGCGCUUGAAAAUUCCAGGCAACGGAUAGCACAAAGAUGAAGCCUUUGAUCGAGUUCGAGGAAUGUUUGCGAGACACACCAAAGUUUCGAUCCUGCAUCGAGGAGGCAGAGGCAAACGUCGAUGUACUCGAACAGAAAUUAGACAAGGUGUUGAAAAACUGUAAUCAGAUGAUCGAAACCGGGAAACAGUUUGUGGGACAACAGAGCCAGUUUGCCAACAGUCUUUGGGAAUUAUCUCUAUACUUUAACGAUGAUCCAGAGAUAAUGGCUUUUCUGAACAAACUGAUCCAUGCUUUGCAAGAAAUGAACAAAUUCCAUACCAUCUUAUUGGAUCAAGCGUCGAGGACUAUAAUUAAAGAUCUCAAUUCGUUCGUCAAGGGCGAUGUCAAGACGGUGAAAGAGUCUCGUCAUUACUUCGAGAAAAUCUCUGCGGAUUUAGACGUAGCUUUGAACAGAAACUCGCAAGUUCCAAAAUCCAGGUCUACCGAGUACGAGGAAACUUCGAACAUAUUGUCAGCGACCAGAUCUUGUUUCCGACACACGGCUCUGGAUUACAUUCACUCUUUGACGAUGAUACAAUCGCGGAAGCGGCACGAGGUGUUGGGUACUCUGUUGAGUUAUAUGCGCGCGUGCACGACUUAUUAUCAUCAAGGUAGCGAUCUGGCGCAAGAUCUGGAUCCGUUUCUAAAAGAUCUCGGCGAGAGCUUAAUUAAAAUGCGGACGGAUUCCGUGAAACUCGAGAAAGAAAUGGAAAAUCGGCACGUUCACGUUACGAACAGAGAUCUGAUACCUUCCCCGGCGGCUAGCAAUCCCAAAAUGGAAGGUUACCUCUUCAAACGCACUAGCAACGCGUUCAAAACGUGGAACAGAAGAUGGUUCUGUCUGAGAGACCACCAACUGGUGUAUAAGAAAAGAACCGGUGACAACGACUUCACGGUGAUGGAGGAAGAUCUUCGCCUAUGUACCGUGAAACCGGUGGUCGAUUGUGACAGAAGAAAUUGCUUCGAAGUAUUGAGUCCUACGAAGAGUCACAUGUUACAAGCCGACAGCGAAGAGGCUUAUCUGGCGUGGAUCGCCGCCAUGCAGCAAGCGAUUGGUGCUGCCAUUCAGAGAGGCAUGGGUGCUGGUACUAUAAUUAGUUUAAGGGAAUCUCAAUCGCAGAACGCUAGGGGAACGAGCAGUAGGCAACAGCAGAAACCUAGGUCGAGGGUCUGGGAACAAAUUUUGAAGAUAGCCGGAAACGACGCGUGCUGCGACUGCGGUGGUGCUAAUCCGAGGUGGGCGAGUAUCAAUUUUGGAAUUACACUCUGCAUAGAGUGUUCCGGUGUUCACAGAAGCUUAGGCGUUCACUAUAGUAAGGUCCGUUCGUUGACGCUGGAUGACUGGGAACCGGAAAUAUUGAAAGUAAUGGCGGAACUUGGCAACACUGUAGUCAACGACGUUUACGAGGCCUUGCCGAUUCCAUCCGACAUCGUCCGAGCGACUCCCAAGUGCAACGGCAAUAUACGCGAGACCUGGAUAAGAGCAAAGUACGUCGAACGGAGAUUCGUGAGACCUCUGAGCAAUGUAAUCUCGUCCGGGCAAACGCACGCGAGCCGCGAGAAGAUGCAUUUUCGCAAAUGGAGCGUCCGGAAAUUGCGACGCCGGCCUCGGAGCUGCGACAAAAUCGGUGACGUUAAUCGUAACAAGACGACGACGCUCUCCUCUCUGAGGGAGGGUCGUUCAUCGAUCAGUUCGGACGACAGCAAACACACGUCGAUCGAAAGUCUAACUUCCGUGGACAGAGCGAAGAAAGUUAAGAGAAGUUCUUUAAGCUCCGACGACAGCGGUACGAAUACGGAUCUGAAAAAUGACUCGACUCUCUACGGAAAGAUCUUGGCACGACCGCGCAGCGAAGCGUUGCACGAGAGCAACCCUGAGAACGUCGACGGCGAGACGGAGUCGAACGCGGAGAACAGUCUGUCGACGAAGAGCGAAGCGUCCUUGAGUGCGGAGAACGAAGACGCGGGAACGGAGGUGAAGAAGCCGUGCGUAGAGAAGACAGAGUCGUCCGACGUGUUGAUGUUUGGAUGCGACUUACCAAAGCCAACGAUCGACAAUAGCUUAGAAUUAAGUUCCGAUCAAGAUUCGACCGCCGGGGAGGACGAAGAAUUCACGGACGAGGAAGACAUAGAAAAUUUGCAUCCCGAGAUGUUGCUCUACAAAGCUGCGGCUGCUCAUAAUCUUCCCGUGAUGUGCGCAGCUCUGGCAGCUGGCGCCGACAAGUCGUGGACGAACGUCACCGACAGGGGAAGGAACGCACUCCAUCAAGCGAUCGUCAGCGGUUCCGUGAUGUCUUGCGAAUAUCUUAUUCUGAACGGAGCGCGCAUCAAUUGCCAAGAUGCCGAAGGCAAAACGCCGCUGUACCUGGCCACGGAAUUAGGUCACACUGCCCAAGUCUGUCUGCUGUUGAAGCAUCGCGCCGAUCAACACAUCGAGGACGAGAGCGGCGUGAAACCUCUGUCGAUAGCCGUGAAAGAAGCUAACGCGGACAUAGUUACGUUGUUACGACUCGGUCUUUUGAACGAAGAGAUGAAAGAUUCCGAGAUCGGAAUCAGCGGGGACGAAACAUUCAACGACGUCGUCCGCGACUUCAGCCAAUUGGCCUGUUCGCACCCUGAACGAUUGCAACGUCGAAACGAGAGUACCAAUACGUCGCAACCGCCCGAAUGAGGUUUAAGGAUGUGCAAAGUUUAUUUGCAGAGCAUAAAGGGCAGGCUACAACGGAGAUACACGGGGGGAGUAUAGUACAUCGAAAACGUCGUCUUUCCUAGUUCCUUGCAGGGUAGCGAGGCCGAUCAUAAAUGGAAUAAGGAGGUCGGUACGAAGAGACAAGCUGGAAACAAGCUCCACCACGUUAACGUAAGUAGUACGUGGAACGAAUCUCGGAGCUCGACGGCGUAUCGUGCGUAUAUUCUCACGUAUUCUCGUCUGUUUAAUGAAAAUACGAAGCUGAACGCUUAAUAUCGAUAGAUCUUUGCGCCAACAAAAUGAAACAUGAUAUUUUUCGCUCGUACACGGGAUUCACCGGUUGUCCACCGACGAAGACGAUAAGGUCCCAAAUCAUUUUUGUAUGUUACCUUUUUCCCAGUUUCCUUGUAAACGUCACAGAAAGAAAAUCUGAAACGAUGACAAAGUCGACGGACAAUGGACGUUGUACAUACGUACGAUUUGGAAUUUGAAAACUUUCGCAUUUCGUACCAACGGCGGAACGUGUGAAUCUGUUUUUAAUACGUGGAUGGAUCGAUACAUGGUUUAUACGACACGAAACGAUGACAGAGCGGUGGUCUAAAGGUCUCUAGUGUACAAAAUUAAUUUGAUUGUGAUUAGUAAUGGUCGAAGCGUUUUCGAUUUCAACUAUAAUGGCCUAUUCCCAUUGCGAUUUCCGACUCCGGAAUCCGGCUCAGAGCCGGCGAGCGAAAUUUUGGCGCCGA